AGGCCAAAGUAUCUGCUCAGUACUUUUACUUCACAAAACAGUGGAAGAAGUAGAUAGUUUGUUGUUCAUAAGAAAUAUUAUUUAAUUUAAUUAGUUUUAUUGAAUGAAUUCGAACAAAAAAGUAUAUAUUCAUCAGUGUUUAGUGGAAGUUUUAGUUUUUACUACGUGAAAAAGGUUAAUCUGUAGUUAGUUAAUUCUAAAAUUUGUGCGUAAUCAUGUUUGAAGAUGCCGACAAUAUUGCAGAUAUAUUUCGUGGUAAUUUGCCAUAUUAUAUGCUUUUGGCAUUGCCAAUAUUGAUAAUAUGCUCCUCGAAUCCUGUGCUAGCAUCUAGUGAAUUCUCUGUCCAGCGUAUGUCCCAAUACGAUGUCAAUGGCGUUUACUUUGGAUGUCGAUCAUCUGCAUUAUCUUUGGAAGCCAAAUCCCUAUACACUUGGAGUACGGGUAGGCAUUGCGUUGUUGCAAAGUAAGUAAUUUGUUUUUGAAGACAUAAUUCGAAGUGAGAUACUUUUUUGUACAAAAUAUAAUUUAAUAACAAACUGAAUAAUCAUUAUUCUAGAGAAAGAACCCGGAAGAAUAAUUAAGUAAAAUAAAAAAAAGCGACACAAAAAC